AUCGAGAGCUCGGUGGUAUAUAACGGGCUGCUGUUCAUCACGCCACAUUUUGCAGCUCUUGCUUAGUUGGUUGUCAGACUAGAGUAGAAACAGAACAAGAGUUAUGGGUAACACACGAGGAAAAGCAACGGCCUUGCUUUUGGUGGCUCAAGCAAUAAUCCUCGUGUUAUUUGGUCUCUUCGUCGAUUACGAUGUGGCUGCUGGACCUCGGAACAACAGUUUAACUACACAUACCACUCUUGCUCAUUAUUACCCAAUAUACCAAGAUGUUCAUGUUAUGAUGUUGAUCGGCUUUGGUUUCUUGAUGACGUUUUUGAAACGUCACGGCUUCGGUUCGGUGGGGUUCAACUUUCUGUUGACUUGUUACGUCAUAGAGUGGUCGACCUUGGUCAACGGUUGGUUUGGUAUGAUUGGUUCAAAUGAAGGACGAAUAUUGAUCGAUAUUAAAAGUUUAUUGGAAGCUGAUUUUGCGGUUGCCACUGUUCUUAUAUCAUUCGGAGCCGUUCUUGGCGUGGCUAGUCCGGUGCAACUUAUAAUGAUGGCGACCAUUGAAGUUGUGUGUUAUAAUGUCAGCAUAUAUGUCGGGAUUGUUAGGUUUCAGGUCACAGAUGUGGGCGGGUCGAUGUUCAUACACGCCUUCGGUGCUUAUUUUGGGUUGGCAGUUGCACGCGUGCUUUACAAAAAAUCACAGACCCUAAGUAAAAAAGAAGGUUCUGAAUAUCAUUCGGACAUCUUCGCUAUGAUCGGGACACUAUUUUUAUGGUUAUAUUGGCCAAGCUUUAAUGCUGGACCCGCGUCGGGUACGGAGCGACAUCGUGCGGUUAUAAAUACCGUACUUAGUCUUUCUGCUUGUACGGUCGUCACCUUUGCUUUAUCUGCUGUUACUGACAAGAAAAACAAAUUGGAUAUGGUGCACAUACAAAACGCAACAUUGGCUGGCGGCGUGGCCAUGGGAGCAAGCGCAGAUCUAAUUGUUCAACCGUUUGGUGCUCUCCUUAUUGGUUCAGUUGCUGCUUUGGUGUCCACGCUUGGAUUUAAAUACUUACAGCCAAUAUUGCAACGUAACAUCAAACUGCACGAUACAUGUGGUGUACACAAUUUGCAUGGCAUGCCAGGAAUACUGGGUGUGGUGGCCAGUGCUAUAGCUGCUGCCAUUGCUACACAAGAAACCUACAAAGACAGCUACCACGAGCUAUUUAAAAAUACUACUCGAACUUCUGGACAAAACGGUGGAUACCAAAUCGCUUCGUUGGCAGUUGUUCUUGGUAUUGCUAUAAUUGGUGGAACGCUUACGGGAUUUUUGUUGAAGCUGCCUGUAUGGGACAACUUAAGCGCUGAAGAACUUUUCGAGGAUGAGGUGUUUUGGGACUGUGUCGAAACGGUGAGCGAAGAUGAAGCUGAACAAAAUGGGUCGAAUGAUAAACAACAUGAAGUAGUUGCUUGAUUACCUUAAGUAUUUUGUGGUAUAAUAGCGACUAACCAAUAUAUUGCUUUAAACAUAAAAGUUUUACUAAUAAAUCUAAAGUUAUAAAAUCAUGUCAACCUAUCUAUAUACUUUCCUACAUUCAGUUUUUGUACAUAGUUUUGCAAAAGUUUUUUUUACGAAAUUGAUUCGUAUGCAAAAAAUAAAAUUUACUGUCAUACAAG